AUGGCGCACACCACCUGCGUCAUCUGCUACGAUGCCUGCGCGCCUGGCGCGUGGUACAGUGCCCUCCUCCGCGCCGUGCUUGGUCGACCGCGGCAGGACCGUGACGCAUGGCACGAGCUACCGUGCCGGCACUGCGUCUGCGUCGCGUGUCUGCGCCAGUACUUGUCCAUUCCGGGGCCCAUGACCUGCCCUGUCCAGAGCUGCAGCGAGGUGAUUGGGCCUUGCCAUGUACGCGGCCUCGCGCUGCCAUCGGAGACGCGGUCGCGGGUCGCGCAGAUGUACCGUCUCCAUAAGGGCCGAGGCGUCGCUUGCCCCGAGUGCCAGUACGUGAGCGCGGCAGGGCUCAAGCCGCGCAUGCCGUGUGCGCGAUGCCGCACCGAGCUCUGCAGCACGUGCCAUUGCCGCUGGCACCUCGGCUUGUCGUGCGCCGAGUUCCAGCGCCUCCGCAAGACGACGGGGCCGGUCACGGCCGAUGACGUGGCGUUUUACCACUGCGCGCGCCAGUGGCGCUACCAGCAGUGCCCCCACUGCGGCAUCUUUACGGACCGUCGGUCGGGCUGCGCCGCGAUGCUGUGCCGGUUGUGCCAAAAGCGCUGGACGUGGGGCCGGUCGUGA